AAACUUUUUAUUCAUGCAGACAACAUGUCAGAUGCUUACAGGAUUAUUUAAAUGUUUGCAAAAAGAUCGAGUACAUCGUAAUUUACUGUUCUUUAUAGGGGAAUAGCAUACGAAUAAUAAAGUUUUUGAGAAUCGCACUAUUAAUGUAUAUAAAAAAAGCGUCAAUAAAUACUCAAGAAUAAAAGAGCAGAUUGAUACAUACAUACACUGCAUAGCAUCAUCACCUGCUCCCUCCCUCCCUCAUCUCACCUCGCUUCUCGCGCUCUCUCUCUGUUCUCUUCAGAAAAAUUCGUUUUCUUGAGAAACAAGCCACUGUCACUAUCUUCCUUACUCUCUCUGAUCAUGAAGAGUCAUGAAGAGUCAGACACAAUCGAUCCGCGUUUCAGCGACGACCUCGGCUCCGCCUGCUCCACGCCGUUCGUCAGCGCUCCGUCAAGUCCCGGCCGUGGUCCUCCUCCGCCGUGUUAUUUCUUCAGCGCACCGUCGAGUCCGAUGCAUUACGUCUUGUGCUCCUCCUCCGCUGCUUCAUCGGAGAAAUCGAAGAUCGACUCGUCUUCUUCUUCUCCCGGAGGAGACUUCGAGUUCGAUUUCUCCUCGCGGUUGUCUUCGAGCAGCGGUCCUUUGGGAGGAGUUCCGAUGACCUCCGCGGAGGAGCUUUUCUCUAACGGUCAGAUCAAGCCGAUGAAGCUCUCUUCUCACCUCCAGAGGCCUCAGAUCUUAUCGCCGCUUCUAGAUCUUGAAGAAGAUGACGAAGAGGUGAAGGGAGACGGUGGUGUGAGUAGGAGAGGGAGAGAUCUGAAGCUGAGAAGCAGAUCUGUUCACCGGAAAGCGAGAUCUCUAUCUCCACUCCGAAACGCAGCGUUUCAAUGGAACGAGGAGGAGGAAGUUGGAGUCGUUGGAGAGAGUGAGGUGAAAGAGUGUAUAAUAAGGAAGUUACAAGAAGACUACGAAGAAGAAACAAAGAGUAAUAACGAAAACGUGACGUCAGCCGAAACGACACCGUCUUGCUCAGCUUCUUCAUCUCGGUCUUCCUCUUACGGAAGAAACUCGAAGAAAUGGAUAUUCAUCAAGGAUCUGCUUCACCGUAGCAAAAGCGAAGGAAGAGCAAACAGCAAGGAGAAGUUCUGGUCAAACAUCUCAUUCUCUCCUUCCAACUUCAAAGACAAGAAACUCAAAUCUCAAACGGAAGCAGAGAACGCAGCCGUCGAGAGCAAGAAGCAGAAACAGAAACAACCGGCGAAGAAGUCUCCGGUCGCCGGAAAACCGACUAACGGGAUAGCGAAACGGCGAGGUUUGCAGCCGUCGGCUCACGAGGUGCAUUACACAACGAACAGAGCACAAGCGGAGGAGAUGAAGAAGAGGACUUACUUGCCGUAUAGGCAUGGACUCUUCGGAUGUUUAGGGUUCAGUUCCAAAGGUUACAGUGCGUUAAACGGUUUAGCACGAAGCUUAAACCCGGUUUCAUCCGGUUAA